AUGACUCGAUUGAGAGAAAUCAUGUCUGAAUCCGAGUUACAAAGUCCGGCCAUUCCGACGCCAUCUGAUGUAUCCUCUGGUCGGUUUGAGUCGUAUGAAGACCCGGAUCUGCAUUUCGACUUAUUACCCAUGCCAUAUAGAAUGUUGGACAGUCUUCUAUGGGAUCUGUUCCAUUCAGCCUGGUCUGUGAUUAUGGAGCGACAAAAGCUAUUCAUCAUGGACGAUGGCAUCCUUAUACAUAUUGGACUGGGAGAUGCGAUAAUCAAAGAACCGACAACACACCUGUUUGGCGUGAUCGAAAAUUUCAUUGGUUUGAGCACAAAAAACAAAGUUGUGCUCUAUGGGCGAGAGCAGUUAGAUAAAAGUUUGGGGGAAUUCAUAUGUGACGAGCACGUGAUUCGUACGUUCGUCCUGCGUCCUGUGGACAAAAUCCUAUCGAUCAUCAUGACCGUGGAUGAUAUGGGCAAGGCGUUCAUCAUCCUCGCUUUGAACGGCCGAAUGCGGGUUGUUAAAAGUGUAUCCCAAUCCCAGGAUGGAAAAUCGUUUCACGUGUUGACUGGGCACGUCUCUGUGGAUGGACGUGUUUGCACGUUUGUGGUACAAGAUAAGGAAACCCGUGAAAUUUGGCUUGAAGUGUAUUCUCUACCAGUGGAGAAUUGGAUCAAAGAGACAGGCCUUAUUCAACGGGCAAUGGAACGUCCAAUUUCGAAAGAACAAAUGAGUGAAGGAUCCAGAAUCUCAGACAACGUUGACGCAAUGGACGUGGUUUGGAACGAGGUAAACCUAUCAAUCCCAGUGUUAUAUUGCAAGAUAAAAGCCCCCGUACGGUUCACAGUCUCGAACCCACUGGAAGCGCAAUUGAAACAAAAAGGAUCUUCACAGAAACAGUCUAAGCGCAAGGAUAUUGCAGAUGUAAAACCUGUCAAGCAGGGCAACACAAAGAAGACGAAGGGAUCAAAAUCACAACCAAACAUUCAGAAGCAUCAAGAGGAUGAGGAUGAUUCUCAUGCGUCUAUGCCCAACUCGGGGCUAGUCCUGACAGAUUCUUCUACGGCUCAUCGGGACCGAAACGAAUCCUCACCGGAACGGUCACUACAACUGGACCGGGCAGACAAUUCGAAUCCGAGCGGAGCUGUUUUGAACUUGAUGAAAGAUAAUGAGUUUCAACAUGAUGUGUCGAAGAUUCUCACAGAGCUCGUAUCUCCAGAUCUAUCGACGGGGUAG